AUGGGCACAGUAAGUUACCUGAAAGGGCUGCUAAUGGGGAAUAAGAUGACAUGGCUUUGUGCUUGGUCAUUAGCAAGGCCCCGGGAGAGGGCGUUGAGGUUUGCAGAGCACUUUCACAACUUUAUCUCACCCCUCACCACAACUCUAGGCUUCCCUGUGGCUCAGACGGUAAAGAAACCACCUGCAGUGCAGAAGACCUUGGUUCGAUUCCUGUGUUGGGAAGAUUCCCUGGAGAAGGAACCAUUUAGUUUUCUUGUCCACUCUGGUUUUCUUGCCUGGAGAAUCCCAUGGACAGAGGAGCCUGGCGGGCUACAGUCCAUAGGGUCGCAAAGAGUUGGACAUGACUUAGUGACCAACACUAACUAA